AUGCCCUUUUUUCCCACAGUCGGCAAGGGGCGCAAGAUUUUCGAUCUGAACAAUGUGCCUCUCGUCUCUGGUACCUCGUUCAUCAAAUGGCAUCUCCCUCACUCUAUGCAUGCUGAGCAUCGUGGCCGCACCGCAAAAGCGGCCAUUGCGAAUCACCGAGUUGAGUACAAUUUCAGCAAGGUGGUCACCGGGGUUCGAAUGUCCGUCGACAAGAACAACCACCUCAACGAGUGUCUCUUGGAGCUCGAAGUUGUCCAAGAGUUUGGCCUCACCGAGAAGAUAACCCUUGGUCAUAUCAAGAUCAACCUUGCCGAAUUCGUCGAGGAGAGCGAAACCCUUCUGAGGGAUCCUGCCUCGCCGACUUCAACUAGACGACGCAACAACAGCGCCGGACUGAGCCCUACAAGUGCUAGAGACUUGAAACUGUCUGAUGAGAUGCAAAGAGAGUGCGAAGAUGGCAUCGUGCGCAGAUACCUCAUGCAAGACAGCAAAGUCAACAGCACUCUCAAAGUUAGCAUUCUGCUCAUCCAGGUUGACGGUGAACGCAACUUCAUCGCGCCGCCACUGAAAUCGGCGCCAGUCUUUGGGGGAAUUGUGGGCUUCAUGGCACCGGAGCAGAACGAGGACGAGAUGUUGGGGCCUCUGCCAAACUUGUCUAAGAACCGAGAUGUUGCCGAGGUCCAAGAUCUGUAUCGUCGGACCCUCGCAGCGUCGUGGACCCGUCAGCCCUCGGAGCUUCCCACUGAUGAGUGCAUCGAGGACAUCUUCUCUGGCGGCAACGGCUGGAGGACCAAGCAUAGAAGCGCCACCAGCCCCGAUUCCGAAGACGAAUACUACGAAGAGGACGCCGAGAACUCGGGAGGCCUACGGCCACCCGAAUAUCGCCGCAUGGCCCUGAACCACCGCCGCAACCACUCCAAUUCGUCCUCUCACUUCCGCCCGGGCAGCUCCUAUCAACCCCCCCACAGCCCCAAUCCUCACCAUCGCCGCACCCAUUCUGGGUCAAGCGAUAAAAGCGUUUCGACCGUCACGGGUGGAGGCAACCGCAAUCCGUUUAAGAAGGGUGUGCGGAUCCGCGAGGACGGCCGCGAAACAGCAUCCAGGGACGACGACAUGGCCAGCACCAAGAGCGCCGGCAGCCUGCUCAGCCUGGCGCCAACGCUCGGGAGCAGCGAGCGCGAGAGGGACAAUAUGAAACGCGCAAAGGAAAUUGGGGAGUCUGAUGUUCGAGAUGAUUUAGUUGCUUGGAGUUUACCUGGGAGCGUCAGCGCAUAG